CUUCCCACUGUUGCUGGCAGCCGAAGAACUCCCAAACGACCGAUCAAGAGGACACGCGUUUCCUCAGCCUGCAAUUCAUGCCGUGCACGUAAGACAAAGUGCAAUAAUGAGCAGCCACAAUGCAGCGAAUGCGUCAAGCGUGACACCACGUGUACAUACACUGAGUCUGAAGCAUGCGUCGCGAAUUUCGAACGACAGCUAGAGAAAGUGUUUGAAUUGAUGAGGUCUAUGCCAGAACAAGACGCACUCGAAGUGUUUCGACGCGUUCGCAUGAAUGACAAGAUCGAAGAUAUUCUUGCGCAUGUCAAAGAAGGGGAUCUGCUUGUGCAGUUAUCACUCGUUCCUGGGUCUAACCGCCGCUAG